ACUGGACGAAGCGUGCCCCGCUGUGCCGUUAGCAGAGCAGCUCUGCCUGGCCCCGCUUCAGCCGCAGGCCCGGCCAGGCAGGUGUUCUGCGGGAAGGUGUCAGCCCGAGAAGGCAAAAAGUCAUUCCAGGAUAAGUCCGGCUCGGCCCGGCAUGCCACACGGGCUGUACGAGGAGCCCGUGAAGAGGAGCCGCAGGGAACACGGCGGCGCUGAGGCUCAGCCACGCAGCAUCAGCCCCUGCGAGCGCAGCAGGCGUGUGAUGAGCAGUUCAACGGGUAGAAACAUAGCGAGGGCAUUGGCAGCUUUUACCUCGGCAUCAUCCAGCCCUGCUGGAGAGGCACUCGACACACAACAGUGGUAAAAUUGCUGGCAGAGGUACAGCCCCGCUCGCGCUGGCUCUCCUAUCGCUCCUGCCGCCAGACGGAGGGAAACUGUACGCCUCGGAGUCUGGAGUUAGAGGAGUCAAAGAGACUGUGAAUCCUCAGAGGGGCAAGCGUCAAUGUACAGCAGAAGCCUCCAAUCCAAGUUGCACUGCUUGAGGAAGGAAUAUCCAUCCCCUGUACAGUCAUCUUCCCUUAUAUGCCGAAAUACACCACAUUUUCAAUCUUCUAUUACUGGGUUAAUUCACUGGGCCAGAAAACAUCCAUUUACAGUAAGUUGGAAAGUGUAACCAUCCCUCCUGGAGAAGAGAAUAAGACUGCUACUGUAUCUUACAAACACAUAAUCAGGCCCCUUGAAAACAUGUCUUCUACUGGCACAUACUACUGUGACGUCAAAUGGAAUAACAUUCACAAGAUGGGAAAGGGAGUGUUUGUCCUUGCUAGAGGUACAGGGUAUGUAGAGACCUCUUAUGGGUGGGAAGUCCUCAUUACCUUUACAGUUCUUCUUGCUGCAUUGAGCAUAGCUGCAACAGCCCUGCUUCUGUGGAAAAGAAAGGUGUUGUGCCCUAAAAGGAACCAGCUAAAUAUCCUGAGAUGGAAGGUGGAAACCCAACCCCCUUCAGCCGUCCCACUACCACCAUCUCCUGUCUAUGAUUGCCUGGAUUUGCAGCAAGUUGAUGUCUAUUCUAUCCUCAAGGACAAUGCAAACAACCUGUCACCCAGAAAGAGUCCUCCAGGGAAGACACCUAAGAAGCAAGCAACUCUAGAAGAAUCCUGUGAUACACUAUAUGAGAAUAUCUAACAGGAAUAAAUCUCACCCUGUGUGGACCAGACAUCUUUCUGUACUGCAGAACUACUCUCUUACAUCCCCAGUUCUCUGCAGAGAUCCACAAUGGCUUCAGGGCACAACCGUGAGGGACUUGUGACCCCCUGGCUCCUUCUAAACUGCCCUUCAUUAACAAGAGAAUGCAUCUGUUCAAAUCCCACUGGGCUCAGUCUGCACUGAUGCAGCAGAGCUAUUUUGCAGCAAAGCCGUUUGAUGCAAAAGCAAAGCUGCUUUUGUCAAGCACUCACAACAUGUAUCUUAGAAAUGGUGCAGAUGGGAUCUGUGCAGAUUUCUCUCACCUGGAAUUGCUGAAAUACUUAAAUCUCGAUCCUCUGUAAAUGAUGGGACAAUCCAGAGACCUCCCUGCUUGCUGUCUUGAUCUUCCAAUCCUGACCUGUAGCAGUCCAUCUGAUCCUGUGUCUACGACUUUCCUGACACGGUCAUCAGGGCUUCAUGCAUAGUUUAACCAAGAUCCAAGCAUCCACCUGCCCAUUUUUCCUUUCUCAGGAACCCCACAGUGAAACAUGCUUUCUCAUAAUCUGCUAAUCCCAUGAAGUAGUCACAGAUGCCUGCUGUGACCAUACUCAGCCGACUCAAAUCAGUGCCUCCGAGUAAAUGCUUUUGCCUCAGCAAUAACAGCAGUAUACGAUGAGGACUGGAUGCACAGACAGAGAUAAAGACGGAGAAUGGGAAAAUAGAGAAAAUAACCCUGCCUGGCAGAAAAUACCCCUGUCUCAGUGGCAAUGCCCUUUCCAGAACAAGGAAGAGAAACAAGGAGGUGGGAAUCUGCAGAAACUCCCUUGCUGGCACUGCAUAAGCCAAGCGGGUCUGGGGCCAGGUUUCAGCCCAGAGAUAUUCAAGUCAAGCUCCCCAGUUUCCUUCUUUUUGGCAAUGGGUGUUGUUAUCACUUGGGAUUUUGAGCCUCUCUGGGAACAGGCAUGGUACCUCUGCCCCACCAAAGGCAAUAGGUUUGUCCUUGUUUCAGCUGGCCAGUAUUUCCCAAGGGUAUAAAUCUCCUUUACCCUGACCCCAUAGGUUAUUUGCACAGGCAGACCUGUUCUGAAACUUAGAGCAACUGGAGGGAGGCCCUAGAGGGGAAUCUUCUAUCCAAGCUUUUCUCUUUCGGGUCAGCUGGAACUUGCCUACAAUUUGUGCUUAUGCAUAUUCUAGUUCUGAUAGGGAAGAGGUUACAUGAAAUAUCCAUAUAACACGAUCAAACCAGUGGAUCAAAAGCUGAGGCUGUUUCAUCUCAGAUUAAAAAAAAACAACAACAGAAAAACAACCAAACAAAGCCAACCCAAAAUAAGAAUAUGCAGCAUAACUUGAGAGGAAUCACAGAAACCUCUUUAAAGAAGAUCAAAUUAAAAUUGAGCUCCAGGGUCAUAGGACCCUCUCUAGUUGAAGAUAAUGUUGCUAUGCAUCAGAGAUAGAGGCUAUGGAAAAUGUCUCCGGGGCCUCCAGCCUUCCUAUACUAUGUUUAAAGAGAUAAUCCGCUUAUUGCUUUGCUCUUUUUAUUAGAAGAGAUUUCAAACAUGCAAUUUGGACUUUUUUUAAGCACAGGAAAACACUUUUUCUCUUCCCAGUGUUGAGGAAUUCAUUUCAGAAAGAGCAAUGAACAGACAGUGUGGCUUAUUAGACCCAUUUUCCAUUUGUUAAGUGAUCAUGACAAUUACAAAUAAAUAUUUUUGAAGUAAGGAAUUUUAGUGUUUCCUAAUACGACCAGAAAACAUCCAUAUUCACAGAAGAACUUCAAGAGGAUUGUACAGGUAUUACAAUUCCUUUCCUUAACAAAUUUGAAGAAAUGAUGAGAUGAAUUAUAAAUAUGUUGCAGCAUGGCAAUAAAAUAUUCAGCAGAAGCUGGUGGAAAAUAGAUAAAAAGUGAAAACUUUCAAAACAA